AAUUUGCAAAAAAAAUAAUUUUUAAUUAAAUUAAAAAUGGAACUGACAGCUUUUUCUCCUCUGACCUCUCGGUGCUUGAUUGUUUCUGUCUGGUAUGUCUCCGCUCAGGUAACAUUAGCACCAUGUUGGACGCUUCUCUGGGGAGGAAUUUCUCCCACACCUCAUUUGUGUUCAGAGGUUUCCCAGAGCUGCAGCGACACAGCCGCCUGCUCGCACUACCCUUUGCUGUGUCGUACGUGGCAGUGCUGCUGGGAAACUCACUGCUCAUACUCAUCAUCCGCCACGUGGAAAGUCUGCAUAUCCCCAUGUACCUGCUCGUCUGCAUGCUCUGCAUUGUCGACAUCCUGGUCGCCACCACCAUUGUCCCCAAGAUGCUGCUCGGCCUCCUGUUCGACUGGGACAAGAUCUCUCUGGGCGGCUGUUUGACUCAGAUGUUCUUCACUCACUUUCUGUCGUCGGUGGAGUCGACGUUGCUUCUGGCAAUGGCUCUGGAUCGCUACGUCGCCAUCUGUCAGCCACUGCGCUAUGCUGAAAUUAUCGACUCAUCCAUGAUGGUGGGCCUCCUGCUCUUCACGCUGGUGCGCAGUGGCACCAUCAUGGCAGCACUGGUUGGCCUGUCAGGUUCUCUGUGGUUCUGUGGCUCCAACGUGAUCUGGCACUACUACUGCGACCACAUGGCACUGGUCAGCCUGGCGUGCGACAGCACAGAGAAGAACAACGCCGCAGGCCUUGCUGUGAUCAUCUGCUUCGUGGGUGUGGACAUAUCGCUUAUCGUCCUCUCCUACAUAAAGAUCUUGAGCGUCGUCCUACGAGCGACAGCAGCCAGCGAGGACCGCUGGAAGGCAUUCCACACCUGCGGUACUCACCUGAUUGUCAUGAUGUGUUUCUAUCUAGUCGGCAGCAUCACCUUCCUGUCCCACAAUCUGCACAUUCCCAUACCGACAGGCGUCAACACUCUCAUGGGACUCAUAUAUAUCCUUUUUCCUGCCAUCAUUAACCCUGUCAUCUAUGGAGUUCGCACCAAAGAAAUUCAAAACGGUUUCUUGAGGAUUUUUAAACUCAGAGGGAAGAAAAUAAUGACAAUAAAAGUUUCUCCUGCAGGAAACAAAGAUUCUGCUCUGACUAAAGAUGUCACUUUUACACAUAAAUGUGGAUCAUGAUCUCUUGUUUCUGUUUCCAUGGAUACAGAUGCUGACUGACUUUAAGGGUUGUUGAGGUUUUUUGAGUCACUGACACUUAUUGUGCUGUGCUAGCCCCUGCACCAAGAAUGAAGCUAAAAUACGGACUCUCACUCACAGCGAAAACAUUGCUGCUAUUGGGGACAUAACAAAAAAAAACAGAUUUAAGCCAUUAAUUACAUAUUACACAUAUUCAAAUCUAGAACAUUUUAGGUCUACGAUAUCUGUCUAUGGCCUCUGUUCACUGCUUUGUCUCACUAUUAGACAGGCUUUUAGAUAGGAAACUGAAGUUUGUGUCUUUCUGUAAACCACUCACUCUCCUCCACCAUCAAUAAAGAAAAUCAAUGUGUCAGGUACCUCAUACAACCACACUACAAAAAACCUGAACUACCCCUUUAACACAGUUUUAUGAAUGAAGAUUUAUGAAUCAGUAUUAUUGAAAUAAUCAACGUGUUUAUACUCUGAUGCUUUUAUCACUGCAGAUGUCUCUCCACUAAGAUGGAGUAUAAGGGCCACAUUGA